UGGAAGGAGGAGAGGCAGACUGCGGUGUUGUUAGUUUGAACAAAAUGGCUGAAAGACCGCUGUCAUCGAGAGCUCACUGAACGCCCACCGCGAGUCUCCGCUCCGUCGUCUGGAUUCCACGCAGAAUGUAUUUCCCCGGAGCCGCUGCUCGCUUUGCAUUCGCGGCAGCCAGCACGUCGCUAGCCGUCCAGCCGACUUCUUAAACUGAAACGUUUCUUUUGCACUUUAAAACAAGUUGGCUGGCUGGCGGACGUCGGCUUGCUCAGAGAGAACUCUCUUCGGCGAUUUCCCCCCCCCCUUCGAAAACUGCCUGAAUUCUCCGUUUUUGCAAAACCUCUCCUCAGUCGACGACUUAUAUCUUAAAGCUAACACUAGCUACCAUUAUUCUGCUUUUUAAAAGUCAUUUUAUUCGUGUUCAGUUAUUUUUUGUUUUUGUUAUUAGUGGUGCUUCACCGUUUACCCCUCCCCUCGUUAUAUCGGUAUAUUGUCUUCGAUUAGUUUAAGUUCAAAACGUUUAUUUCAGUAUUUUUUUAAUGCUCAAAGCAGAAAUCACCGAACUUGCUGUGUGUAUAUCUGGCUGCGUCGCCGUUGUUUACCUCGGUAUCCUGACACCACAAGCUGCUUCAGCAGCAGUCGGCUUAUCUAUCAAGUCCGACUUUAAUUGCUAAAUCUCUGCACCAACGUUUUACGGGUAACUUUUCAAAAAAAGAAAACCAUAAAAAAAUUCAGACAUCGGAUUUUUUUUUAAUAUUUUCCUGCCAUGCACCGAUUCUUCACUAAAAGCGGCCAAAGCUGUUAUGAACGCAAGCUAAGGGAAGCAAACAACACAGAAAAGAGAACCGUUUGAUGGAAGAAAAGAAAAAGAAAAGGCAAGAAGAAAAGACCAAGAAGGAAAUCACUCAGAAAAAGGCUACUGAUCAGAAACCCAAAGUGCCAGAGCCUGUCCCCACUAAGCCCAGUCCUGGUUCAUCUCACCACCUCCAACCCUCCAGCCCCACGCUGCCCCUCUCCUCCUUCUCCACCUCUUCUUCUGGCAAUGGCAAGGGCCCCCCAUGUGGUAGCCAGGUCCUGACUCAGAGCCUGCCCCUGCAGCAGUGCCACUUGUCCUCUGCCAGUGGCCGCUAUCCGCCCAGAGAGGUGCCCCCGCGCUUCCGUCAGCAGGAGCACAAGCAGCUACUGAAGAGAGGCCAGCCGCUGCCCGCAGGAGCCUUUGGCGCGCUCACCCUCCCUCCUUCCUCUCCCUCCUCUUCACCCUCAGCGUCUUUGUCGUCAUCUGCUACGACCCAAAACUCUGCCACGUCCGCUACAAGCAAACACAAGCCAGACAUAUCCCUGCUGAGCAGCUCUGGUGCCCAGUAUGAGAAGUCUCAUUGGGGCACUUCAUUACCUGUUGACGGACCUUCCAGUGCCAACAAUUGGGACAAAGUGAUCAUUGACGGAAGUGAUACAGAAGCUUGGCCAUCUAUUAAGCAUAAUAUUGACUCCGGCCAGCCAUCAAACCCAGAAUGCUCCUUGGGCUCAGCUAGCUCUAACUUAGACACCACUGCUGUCGCUUCUGGAAAUAGGAGUGGUCUUCUGAGUAUGGCCGCAGGUGCCACUGGCCAGCAGGCCCACUAUAACUCUCUCAAACCAAACGGUACCAUGAUGACGGGACCUGUGUCAACCAGCACGUUAGCAGCUAGUAGAGGUUGGGGUUCAGAUGGGAAACAAGAUGGCAUGAAUGGUGGAAGAGUAGCAGCCCCCAGUAACUGGGGAUCAACUAAUUUUAACUUGAACCUCAAUCCCAAUGCCAACCCAUCGGCUUGGCCUGUCUUGGGACAUGAAGGUGGUGCAGGAGGUGUUAAUGGCCCCAGCUCUUCGUCUCUCCCGCCAGGCAUACAUGGAAAUGGAAAUGUGGGAAACGGGAAUGCGGACAAUGGCGGGGGGAGUUGGGUCAGCAUGAUAAGUGGUAAUGACAAUGAUCAGCAGCACCUUUCAACCAACAAAAACUUAUCUUUUAAUAUGGAGCCUGCUAACCUUAACACUGAUGGACCAAACUACACUAAACAACAACAAGCUCAGGAGCCUAUGAGCCCCAUCCACGGUCUUACUGGAUGGGGUGGUCAUUCACCCACUGAGUCUUCCCAGCUCAGUGGGGACAAAACAGGCAGCUCUGUGUGGGGUGGAGGAGAAAACAAGAUGACAGAGUCUCCAAAAGACUCGGACUGGGACUCAUCUCCCUCUGGAGGGCUUUCUGCUUGGGGCCGCCAAGGCAGUGGUGGUGGAAGUAGUGGCAGUGGUGGCUGGGGAGACUGGGGAAAGUCCUCUGGAGGUGGGGAUAUAUCCAAAGGCUGGGACUCGGUGGAUGCUGGUAAUUCUGGUCCAGGUCAGGAUCACCAAAUGAGUUCAUGGGGCAAACAAUCAGAGACAGCUCCAGCGAGUGAGGAUAGCGGAGACAGCAGUGAAGGGCGAUCCCGAUGCAGAGACAGAUCCUCCAGCAUGGAAUUUGCCCCUCUGCUCCCCCGGCAGGACCUAGAUCCCCGAGUGCUGAGUAACUCUGGUUGGGGACAGACCCCCAUCCGGCAGCACACUGUAUGGGAGAUGGAAGAAGCCAAUUCUGAUGAUGGGAAGAGCACUAGCAGCUCAGACACCGUGGGAUGCUCCAGCUCUAAUGGUGGACCCUCAUCAACCAAUGGAGGUGCUAUUAACCCAAACAUUGGGCCCAGCCAGAGGCCUGGAUCUGGAGGAAAAAUGGACAGUGAAGGGUCAUCCUCCUCUGGUUGGGGCGCUCCUCCACCGCAGCCGAUUCAAGCUGGAUCAGGAUGGGGGAACCCCCCACUUUCAGCAACCAAAGCCCCAAAUGGCACAGCAUGUGGCUGGGGAGACCCUUUACCUUCCAGUGGUCCUAAAAAUGAGGACAGCUCAUCCUGGGGUUCUGAUGAGAAGUCAUCUAGCUGGGAUGAUGGCAUGAUGAAAAACAAACCUAGCAGCUGGGGAGAAGGCCCCAAAAACUCUCAUAGCUGGGGCAACAGUAAUGGGGGUUCCAGUGGUUCUACCACAGGCGAGUGGGGGGCCACAGACAUGAAGAAAAAUGGUUCCUCCAGCAGCAUGUGGGAAGGAGAAGGAAGUAAUGGAGAAAGCAGUGGAUGGAGUGAAAGCCCGAGAGGAGGAACCAGAGGAGGUGGGAGCUGGGGUAAACCUACUCCUGCUGUGAGCAACAGCAACUGGGGAGAGACCCAACGCACCAGUGGCCCAGUGCAGGGAGGCUGGGGCUCUGCAAAGCCCCAAGAAAGCAGCAGCAGUGGCAGCAGCACUGGUAGUGGAGGCUGUGUCAGCAUUGGUUCCUGGGGUGGUCCUGGCUCGGUGAAGCAAAGCAACCCUGGCUGGGGAAACGCUAGCAAGCAGGAGCCGGGCAUGGAGCCCACCGGUUGGGAGGAGCCCUCUCCUCCCUCCAUCCGCCGGAAGAUGGAGAUCGAUGACGGAACAUCAACUUGGGGUGAUCCCAAUGUCUACAGCAAGACCGUCAACAUGUGGGAUCGCAACAAUCCAAAUAACAACCCAGGCAACAGCGGCCCACCACCCAGCAAGAAUGGUGCAGUAGCAAUGAUCAAUAAUAACAACAAUCACUCUCACCACAUGCACCACCAUUCUCACCAUGGCCAGCCCCCAAGUCACAUGCUGCACCAAGGAAACAACAAUGGGUCACCAAAUAAUGCUGCCUCUCAUCCGGCUGGGGGACCCCAGGGUAGACCGCCCCUUGCAAAUCCAGGUUGGGGAGAGCUUCCCAGUGUCCAGCCCAAGCCGGAGCCUGCGUGGGGAGAGCCAGCAGCUCCAACUUCAGCUGUUGACAAUGGUACAUCAGCAUGGGGGAAACCCCCAGGUGGUGUUGGAGGAUGGGGAGACGGUGGCCAUGAGCCACCUGGCCCUUACGUGAGGUCAAAUGGACACACAGGUUCUACACCUUGCAAAUCAGGCCCCAAACCUAUGCAAGAUGGCUGGGGAAAUGGAGAAGAAAUGAGCAUGUCUACCAGCCAAUGGGACACUGAGGAUGGGGAUGUAUGGAACAGUCCCACAUCGCAGGACAGCGGUUCCUCCUGUAAUUCCUGGGGCAACGGACCCAAAAAGUGUCCAAGCAAGGGGAAGAUCGGCAGCAAGCAAGAUGAGGCUUGGAUCAUGAACCGUCUGAUUAAACAGCUCACUGACAUGGGCUUUCCGAGAGACCCUGCUGAGGAGGCUUUGAAGAGCAACAACAUGAACCUUGACCAAGCCAUGACUGCUCUCUUGGAGAAGAAGACAGACCUGGACAAGCGGGGUUUGGGGAUGUCUGACUACAGCAAUGGGAUGAACAAGACCCUAGUGUGUCGGCCCUCCGCUCUCUCCAAAGACCCCUCUGACCGCAACACAUUUCUUGACAAGGAUAGCGUCCUGUCAGAUGACGCUCCCCCAUCACCAUUUUUGCCUUCCCCCAGCCUGAAGCUCCCCCUGCCCAACGGUAGCCUUCCUGGGCAGGGUUUGGGACAGGGCAAUCCGGGGCUGGCCAUGCAAAACUUGAACAACAGACAGAUACCCAAUGGAAUGUUUGGCGGUAAUGGAGCAGCACAAACCCGGGCCAUGCAGCAGCAGCCUCCUCAGCCACCAGUGCCACCUCUCAGCUCCUCCCAGCCUAGUCUACGUGCUCAAGUGCCUCAGUUUCUCUCCCCUCAGGUCCAAGCACAACUCUUGCAGUUUGCAGCAAAAAACAUUGGUCUUAACCCUGCACUUUUAACCUCACCAAUAAACCCUCAACAAAUGACCCUGUUGUACCAACUUCAGCAACUGCAAAUGGCAUACCAGCGUUUACAAAUCCAGCAGCAGAUGAUGCAGGCGCAACGCAAUGUGUCCGGCCCCAUUAGGCAACAGGAGCAGCAAGUUGCACGUACAAUCACCAACAUGCAGCAGCAGAUCCAGCAGCACCAGCGUCAGCUGUACCAGGCGCUGCUGAUGAAGCAGCAGCAGCUUCCCUCGCAUUCCUCCUCGUCCUCUUCAUCCGCCGGUCUGCACCCCCCUGGUGGCCCUGCUGGAGUUCCUGGCUCCGGAAAAUCAACCCUGGACCCUUUCACAGGCCCACACCAGGCUCCGGGCCUCGCUGACACACUGCACACCAAAGAGCCUCCAUCUUCGCCCAAUGCCUACAGCACCUACCCUCUUUCUGGACUGAAUCCAAACAUGAAUGUAAAUGGCAUGGACGUUGGGGGUCUGUCCCUGAAGGAGCCUCCCCAGCCCCAGUCUCGCUUAUCCCAGUGGACACACACUAACUCUAUGGGCAACCUCUCUGGCAACUCUUCAAAUUUGGAGAAUAACUUUAAUAAUAAGCAUGGUGCCAUAUCUGCUGCCUCUACCCUUGGACCCCCAGGGAAGCCCCCCCAGCUGGAGGACUCGUACAGCCCUUACAAUCUAAUCUCUAACUCAGAGUCCCCCAGCAGUCCCCUGGUGCCUCCUGACAACUGGGGCCAAGGCAAGAGCCCCAAUGAAAAGAUCUCAAAUGGGGCCAACAUUAACUGGCCUCCAGAGUUCUGCCCAGGUGUGCCAUGGAAGGGCCUUCAGAAUAUUGACCCUGAGAAUGACCCCAACAUGACCCCUGGCAGCGUCCCCAGCGGUCCCACCAUUAACACAAACAUCCACGAUGUCAACCGCUACCUGCUGCGGGACAGGAACGGAGCCACUUCCCCAGUUUCUCCACUGGGAAAUGGCUCUCUGCCUCCCACCAGCAGCGAUUGGCCAAUCAGUGACUUAUCUAGCUCUUUCAGUCUGUUGUCCAGUGAUGGAGAGAGCACAGGUAAACUGACUGAAAUGAAGUCUGCCUGGUCCCCGGGGCCCAUUGCUCAGAGCCAAGCCUCUCUGUCCCAUGAGUUGUGGAAGGUUCCUCAGGGCCUGCGCAGCACCACGGCCCCGUCCCGGCCCCCGCCUGGUCUCACCAACACCAAGCCCUCCUCCACCUGGGGCGGCAGCUCGUUGGGACUGGCUCAAGGCUGGAGUGCCACUUACGCCUCAGAGGGAACCACGUGGAGCACCGACAGCUCCACCAGGACCAGCAGCUGGCUGGUGCUGAGGAAUCUCACCCCACAGAUCGAUGGCUCAACCCUGAGGACCCUGUGCAUGCAGCACGGUCCCCUGAUCACAUUCCAUCUCAACCUGACUCAGGGGAACGCUGUGGUGCGCUACAGCUCCAAGGACGAGGCCGCCAAGGCCCAGAAGUCCCUGCACAUGUGUGUGCUUGGAAACACCACCAUCCUGGCGGAGUUCGCCGGGGAGGAGGACGUCAACCGCUUCUUUGCACAAGGCCAGUCGCUGGGGGCAACCACCACGAGCUGGCACGCCAACCCAGGAAGCAAUCAAAAUCGGAUGGGCGGGAACUCCCAGUCCCACUCGAUUGGCCAGUGGAGCAGUGGCGGUGGCGGCGGUGGGAGCAAGGCCAGCGGGAGCGACCUGUUGUGGGGCGGAGUCCCCCAGUACUCCAGCCUGUGGGGGCCGCCCAACGGAGAGGACGCCCGUGUGAUCGGGAGCCCCACCCCCAUUAACACCCUGCUGCCUGGAGAUCUGCUGAGCGGAGAGUCCAUGUAGUGGGCGACGCAACGAUUCCCAAUCAGCGCCCUCUUGUGUCAGCUGCUGGUGGGGGAUCGGAUCAGAAGCGAAAGAAAAGUCCAAAACAGAAAAAAAAAAAAUGGUUGAAAUGAGCAAGAGCAAAACCCAAGCAAAUCAUGUGGCGAUAAUCAGUAUCAAGUGAAACUGUUUCAAACUGUGAAUUGUAAAUCAGAAAGCCGAGGGUCCCUGACAAAGACUGCAGACCCCGAAGCCUCUGCUUUACCCCGGUCCUCUCUCUGUUUCAUUAAUCUAUUUUUAUGUUUUUGUCUCCGUUUAGUAUUUUCCAGAAACAAACUGGAUUUCAGUUUCAGUAUCUAAAACUGGAACUGGUCCCAACAAAAACCCCUUGUAGGUGUUUUUUUUUUUUUUUGUUUUUUUUUCUUUCCAGAAGUAUAAACAUUUUGCGCAAAAUAUUUUUAGAAGAAGCAAUCAAAGCUGCCACCUGAGACUUUUUUUUUGAUGAACAAACAAAUGAAAAUCCUCCCAAAAUAACACUGAAACCAACCAUUCCCAGUGUAUCCAUGGCCAAUGAUGUUGUUCAAAGACCUUUACUUGUUUUGUUUCUCAGCACUAAUAUUAGCCUUAAGUGCUCUCUGGCCCAGGACCUUCCCAAGCCUCCUGAUUUUAUUUUUAUUUUUGUGGGGGUUUUUUGUAAGUGAAGAAUUAGCUGAAAUCUUGCACAGUUCACCUCUGAGCCAAUGAGCGGUCCAGGAGGCGGCGAAGAGCUCCGGACCGCCUGACUGGCACUACCAAUCAUCUGCUCAGAUCCUUGAACUCGUCUCAAACGUAGGGUUUGCACAAGCUGUAGACUUUUCACGUGCAAAACCCUGCCGUUUCUUAUUUUCCUCUCUUGUUGUUGUCAUUUAUCACAAGAUAUAAGCUGCGAGAAGAUUAAAGCCGUGAACCUUGCUGCACGCGUGACGUCCGGUUGAAUCUAAUCAUCACCUGAAGCCUGGACUCCAGUCGCUUACUGGUGCUUUUGUCAAAUCUUUUAUUUGCUUGUUUGUCGCCGAUCUGCAGAUUUUUUUUUUUUCUUUCCAGAGGACAAACAGAAAAAGAAACUCCUCAGUUUUACUUCGAUGUGACAGUUACAUUGUGCAAUAGACACCAUCGACCUUUCUUCCGUCCAUGCUCCAUACGGAGCCGUUUUUCUUUUGUUUGUUUUAUUAUUAUUAUUAUUUUUUUUUUUUUAUGAUUGUUGCUGAUUUCAGCAAAAGACUUUGGAACUUCAAAACCCUCCCACCCCCCUACUUUUUGAGAAAAAAAAAACAAAAAAACAAUUGAUUCCUUUCCAGGCCUCCAAUCCCUGCAAAGCUGUUGGGGGUAUAAAAGAAAAAAAACUCUAAAAGCAAAGAGGAAGGAGGAGGAGGAGGAGGAGGAGCUACAAACUGUACUGAAAGAACUGCAGAACGAUGCACACUUCCUCUCUGCUUGCCACAGCCACACCCAACACAGACUGAAACCGCAGCGGGAUUGGACGCUUCUGGUUGUCUUGGCACAAUACCAAAUUAGAGGGGGGGGGGGCUCCUAAUGCAGUAGACCUUUGAGUGUUCCUUGCGUUUGGUACUGUACAAACAGAAGAGACUUAAGACUUUUAUAAAUUCAAAGGGUUUGAGCAUAGCACUUAUGAAGAGCAAAUCACUUCAACUGCAAUCCAAUAAAUCAAGAAGAAAAACAAAAAACUGAGAGAGAGCAGCAGAAACUUUGCAAACCUCCUGCUCCUCUACGUACUGUAUCGAUUCCAUGGAAACGUGCCGGCCGCCGUUCCUCCGUUAGCAGGAUGAAGGGAAGCGCGACUGACUCUGAGGCAAAGAAAUUAUGGGGGGGAUGGGGGGGGGGGGAACAAAAAAUAAACUGAACGGUUUUUAAAGUGAAUAUCACUGUUACUUCAAAAUCAUUAGCCUUGUUCUGGUCCGGAGGCACAAGACUCCAGCUGUCAUUCGGGAAGGAGUGGAGUGGAUCCGGGAUACGGGGGGUGUGUGGGGUGUGUGUCCACUGAGUGCCUAACCCUGACCUCCUCCUGGGCUCCUCAAAGACUGGCCAAUCACGGCUCUCGCUCUCUCUCUCUCUCUCUCUCUCUCUGCCACACAUCUCCAACCGGGAGCAGGAGGUGGGGGUCGUCCCGCCGUCUCCUCUGCCUCUCAGUCCUUUUACACAAAGAUCACUUUAGCUGGAAGAUGUAAGAGUCAUAUUCCUGGAAUUUUUUGCCAGUGUACUUUGUAUUGUUUGGAGAAGACCUUUGUUUUUGUUUAACGUGUGUGUGUUUGUUUUAUGAUUAGUCUACAUGCAGUGGUCUACACGACACCUGGCUGCUGAUCUAGCCCUUCACUGUUCAUAUGCAGAAACACUUUGGUCGGAGGUGCCUCUGUACGCUCAUCCUGUGUAUUGAAUGCAAAACGAGGAUCAAUACUACAGACCCUUAAUGAUUGUGUUGAACUGCUCGUGCUUUUUGUUUUCAACAGUAUUCGUUAGUACUUCCAGGUAGUAAUCUCGACGUGUAAAAGUUAAGGUAAUCUCAGACGCGGGGGAUGCAGGUGUGUGCCGCUCCGAGCUGCUGCUUCUCACCCUCUGCCCGGCUGCUACCCUGUAACCUCCUCCUCAUCCUCAUCCUCAUCCUCAACCAGACCCAGUAGCUCUCCCUUGACCAACUGACCCUCCUAUACAUUUCUAUGCAAAAAGAAUACUAGAAAAGAGGCGGAGGGGGGAAGGGAAGCCAAAAGUAAUUGUUUUUUUUUCUCCCCCCGUUGAGCUCCCUGUCGACACGUCAAACCGGCUGCUGCCUCCGUCGAUCUUUUCUCUCCGUGCUGGAGACGUCCGUCCAGCCGAAUCUCAGGGUAGGGGAGUUAAUGUUUGCCAGUAUGAGACGCAGCUCUCUGUAUGUGUGUGUAUAUAUAUAUGCUGUAUAUAUAUAUAUAAACCUAGAGCUGACGCCUCCAGUACUGCUAUUAGUGCACAUGAAAGUUGCCAAUGUAUUGUGCCAAUAUGAAUUAGCUGUGUCAUACUGUAUCUCUUAAAUGUAUCGGAGGAGCUUUUGCAGAGGGUGCAGAAGGCAGGAGCAGCACAAGAGAGGCAGCAUCCCCUCCCUUCAUCCUCUGAGACGUUUGUUCUGUUUUUAAAUGUGUCGUGUUUUUGUUUUUAUUUUUGGGGAAGGCCUCAUGCUAAGGAGAAAAAUCUUUACUCAGUUUAGGGGCUCCAGUUUGCUACAGUGCACAGUUGAUGAUGGGUAAUCCCGGGUACAUAUUUUUUUAAAAACCAAAAAUGAAAAAAUUGCAUUUUAACGUCAUUUUUAUGAAGUUUGACAUAAAAAAAUCUUUAAAAAAAAAAAUGCUUAAAAAAUCUAAAUGGUUUAAAAAAACAUAAAUAAAAAAAAAUGAAGAAAAUCUAUGAUAUGUUAAAGCUCUGCACUUCUAGCUGAAACGUAUCCGGGUCGCCAGCCUCCACCGCCGCCAUCCUGAAGGGGUGGACGCAGCGGCCGGGGCGCCGUUUUGUGGAUGCUGUAUUUAUCUCGUGUUUGUGUCCCGCUCAAAGCGGGGCCCCCGCUGAACUGUACAUUUCCACACACACACACCACCACACACACAGAUGGCUUCAGGCCUCAGCCUCGCUCUCUCUUCCUUUGCAGCUACAGGAAGAGAGAGGCACACUUCAAGAGGUACAGUCUUAAGAAAAUAACACACAAAAAAAUCUCUUAAGAAUGAUUUGAAAUUAAGAAAUGAGAAAAGGCUACCUUUCAGGACUUGGAGUCCUGCAGCACACAAGCAAAAAUCACUAUUGCCUGUUUCUGUAACUGCCUUGAUCCAAGCUCAGACAGCCGAGGAGCUCCCAGCGUUCUGUACUGACCGGAGAACCCCGACAGCGACGGGGCUUUCCCAUGCUGCACCAGCACCGAGAGCCUCUCCUCUCCACAGCUCUCCAGAUACCACAACUAAUGUAUUACAUUCAUGUACACAGUGGCGGUUUUAGAUAUGGGCAGCUGUCCAGGGCGGCAAUAGAAACGGGGCGUCUGAGGACCAGAUUAAGUCGUCUAAAUCUAUCAGUUGUCACCUUGGCAGGUUUUCUGUUGCUUUUCUACGCGUUCCGUUAUGUGUUGAGCAGGCAUUCCCUGUUGGUGCUGAGGAGAGGGAGGAUUCGGGUCAUUUCCUGCGUUUUAAUUGGUCGGGAGGCAACAGAUGGAGGGGCGAGACCAUACAUGCAAGAACCGCAACUGUAUGCAUACAUACACACACACACAUAUAAAUAUAUAUUCCAACAUGUGGUAUCGCCACUUCAAACUUCUUGGAUCGUAAACUCUGAGACUUUUGUUGUCCUGGUUUAUUACAGCCGAUAAAGAGCAAUAUGUAUUUUCCCCGCAAAUAAGGGAUAGAGAGGAAAGGGUUUGGGCUCGAGUGGAAGCUGAUUGAAAGCGACGUCUUUCUUCUACGGAGUUAGAUAUGCACGUUCUGGUUUUGGAGGCGUACCACAGCACACGUGUGUGUGUGUGUGAUUUGCCUGUUUUUUAAAAAGCCCGACCCGAAGCACCUGCUAAGUUGCAUAUUUUACCCUGUUGUUAAAUCGCAGACAUAUCAAAACCACAAAAAAAGUUAUUUAACUAAAUACUUGAAUCAUGGAGCGCCAAUAACAAUGUGAAGUCAGAAAUAAAUAAAAAAAACAAUUUCUGUCUGGCUGACAGGUACAUAUAUGGGCUUUUUUUUUUUUUUUUUUUUUUUUUUAAGAGAAUAUCAGAUAUGUAUUGUAUUAGGUUACAGAUUUGGAAAAGAAAAGUCAUCUCAGAUGUUCGUAUGAAUGUGUGCUCUAAAAACUGUGUACUCGGCACAUGGCCUGCUGUUAUGUUCAACUCUGUUAUGUUUUGUGUUUUUUUUUUUUUUGGUCUAAUUCAUUCUGAUUAUCUUCUAAUGUUGCACUGAGUGUCUUCUACCCGUUGCUCAGCUAAUCGUAGGUUAACACGUCCAAGGGCAAAAGGGCGAUGGUGACAAUUCACGUGUACAUGUUUACUCAAGGACUUUUAUUUUUAUUUUUUUAUUUUUUGCUCCUGCCCCGUUCUAUCUGUAAAAAUUAUCUACCUUAUAGUGGCUUUUAUUGUGAGAUAAUCCCAUCUGAGGAUUAUCGUGGAGUAUUGCACCAUUUCGUUUCAGUUACGUAAAAAAUGUAGCAAAAAACACAAAAAGGAAAAUGUUCAAAAAAAAAUUAUAAAACCUUUUAAAAAAAUAGAGAUUAAAAAAAAAAGGAAGAAAGAAACAAGCUAACUGUGGCCAUAGAUAGCUGUAGGACUAGUAAUCCAGAAGUAAACUUGUCAGAGAAAUGUAAAGGGAUAAAGCAUGUGAGGCGAGUUUGUUACGACUCAUUUCAGAGGUGCCUAUCUUUUCUUUGUUUUUGCAAAAAGCCACCUGUCGUUUACAAGCAUGUCAUUUGUCUGAAGCUCAAGAAAACAGGACUCUACAACAGGAAUGUUCUUCAAAAGGACGAAGCUAAUCUUCCAUCAAAUACGGACAUGAAAAUCUUGCGGAACGAAGGUUUGACGCUACUUCAAAACUCUGGGAUUGAUCAGUGUUUGUGUCGUAUUUAAAAAAGAAAAUUGUUUAAGUUCUCUUUUUGGUGACUAUCUCUCUGUACGUGUAUUAAGUUGUGAUUUGAUGUUUCCUGUAAUACCGCGACACAGUUCGCUCACUUUCUUGCACACUUGUUAGAAAAAGAAAAAAAAACAAACACACACAAAAA